AUUGAUCCCACCUAGAAUCUGCAUAUAAAAGUUGGCCUCUGCCUAGGAUUCCCAACACUGGACCAGACUUUGGGUUGAAGACAUACGAAAAACUCACAGAAGACAUUUUCUGCAUCAUGAGAGGAGCUCUUAACAUUCAGGGAUAUGGCCAUAGAAUUCUCUCCAGAAGAGUGGAAAUGUCUGGACCCUUCUCAGCAGAAUUUAUAUAGAGAUGUGAUGUUGGAGAACUACAGAAACUUGGUCUCCCUGGGUGUUACUAUCUCUAACCCAGACCUGGUCACCUGUCUGGAGCAAAGAAAAGAGCUCUACAAUUUCAAGAUACAUCAGACAGCAGCCAGACCCUCAGCUGUGUGUUCUCAUUUCACCCAAGACCUUUGGACAGUGCAGGGCAUAGAAGAUUCAUUCCACAAACUUAUACAAAAAGGUCAUGAGAAACGUGGACAUGAGAAUUUAAAAUUAAGAAAAACUUGUAGAAGUGUGAAUGAGUGUAAGGUGCAGAAAGGUGGUUAUAAUGGAAUUAACCAAUGCUUAUUAACUACCCGGAGCAAAAUAAUUCAAUGUAAUAUAUGUGUUGAAGUUUUUCAUAAAUUUUCAAAUUCAAACAAACAUAAGAUAACUGGAGAGAAAACCUUUAAAUGUAAAGAAUGUGGCAAAUCAUUUCACGUGCUCUGACACCUAACUCAACACAAAAGAAUUCAUACUGGAGAGAACUCCCACACAUAUGAAGAAUGUGGCAAAGCCUUUAAUCGGUCCUCAAUUCUUACUAAACAUAAGCGAAUUCAUGCCAGAGAGAAACCCUACAAGUGUGAGGAAUGUGGUAAAGGCUUUACUCGGUCCUCACACCUUACUAAACACAAGAGAAUUCAUACUGGAGAGAAACCAUACAUAUGUGAAGAAUGUGGUAAAGCUUUUAACCAAUCCUCAACCCUUAAUUUACAUAAGAGAAUUCAUUCUGGACAAAAAUGUUACAAAUGUGAAGAAUGUGGUAAAGCCUUUAAGUGGUCCUCAUCCCUUAAUGAACAUAAGAGAAUUCAUGCUGGAGAGAAAUCCUUCUCAUGCGAAGAAUGUGGCAAUGUCUUUACUACAUCCUCAGACUUUGCUAAACAUAAGAGAAUUUGUACAGGAGAGAAACCCCACAAAUGUGAAGAAUGUGGCAAAUCCUUUAAUAGGUCCACAACCCUUACGACACAUAAGAGAAUCCAUACUGGAGAGAAACCCUACACUGGAGAAUGUGGUAAAGCCUUUAAUUGGUCCUCAACCCUUAAUGUACACAAGAGAAUUCACUCUGGAAAAAAUCCCUACAAAUGUGAAGAUUGUGGCAAAGCCUUUCAAGUGUUUGCAAACCUGCGUAAUAAUAAAAAAAUUCAUACUGGAGAGAAACCCUACGUAUGUACACAAUGUGGCAAAGCCUUUAAAUAGUCCUCACACCUGAAUAAACAUAAGAAAAUUCGCACUGUAGAUAAACCCUACAAAUGUAAAGAAUGUGGGAGUACUUUUAAGCAGUAUUCCAACCUUCCUCAACAUAAGAGAACUCAUACUGGAGGAAAAUUUUAGAAAUGUAAAGCAUGUGGGAGCUUUUAAGUCUUCCUCAAUCUUUUAUAAUCAUAAUUCAUACUGGAGAGAAACUCUACAUAUGUGAAAAAUUUGGCAAAGCUUUUAACCACAACUCAAUCUGUUGUAAACAUAAGAGAAAUGGUAUUGGUGAGAAGCCAUAAAAAUAUGAAAAGUGUAGAAAAGCCUUCAAAUGCUUGUCACAUCUUACUAUUUAUAAUUCCUAUAGAAGAAAACCCCUAGGAAUAUUAAAAGUGUUGGCAAAACUUUUAACCAAUGCUCAUAUCUCUUAGCACAUGAUAGCAUUUAUGCUUGAGAAAAAUUGUACAAAUAUGGAAAAUGUAGAAGAGCCACUAAUGCCUACUCCCAUGUUGCUAAAUAUCAGAGAGUGUGUACUUAGUAAAAGCAUUAUAAAUGUAAUGUUUGUUGAAAGACCUAUUAGAAAAUACAGGUCUUAAAAGUGAAGAAGAGUAUUCUGAAGACGGACAAUACAAAUAGUAAGAUGGUUGUUGUACCUAUACUUGCAUCAUGGGUCUUAUUGUGCAUAUUUCGUACUAGAAGAAAACCCUGAAGCACUUGCCCAAAAUUUCUUCAACAUUGGAGAAUUUAUAUUGGAAAGAAAUUUUACAAAUAUAAUAAAUUUGGAAAAGCAUUGGUUCAAAAACUGUAGCUUAAAA